AUGCAAGAGCCAAAUGGACAAUCAACAGCACCUGGAUACAACCAUCCAGUAAAUCCAGCACAACAAGAAUAUGCAGCUCAACCACCACAAGCCUAUCCUCAAUAUUCAGGUCCCCCAACUCAACCAAACCAAGCUUAUUACCCAUCACCAACUCAACAACAACCAGUAUAUGGUGCACCACCAACUCAACCACAACCAGUAUAUGUUACCGCCCCCCCACCAGUCACUGUUGCCAAAGCAAAUGACCCAUCAGUAGAUCAAGGUGCUGUUAAUUCAGCAUUAUUGAUCUUUGUUUGUGGUUUCUUUUGUACUGUAUUAUGGCUUGCUGGCUUUGCUUACAUUCGUCAUAAAAACAAAACUGCACGUGUUUAUGGUAUUUUAUCAAAUUAA